AUGCCAAAUCCACUUGUCACAGGCGGCGUCAUGGAUGGCACUCGAUAUCCGGGACCAGACGAAGGCUGUGCACCGCCUAAUUGGUUUAUCUCGUGUACUCCACCGGUCAUCGAGAAGGACACGAUCAUCGUGGCAGCUACUUCGCCAAAUGUCAUUAAAGGCCAUCAGAAAGAGGACGGGUGGUUUCUCUCUGAUUUCUACGCUUUCAACUACCUGCUCCACGGUCUCGGUUCAUCACAAACAUGGCUCACAGCUGCUGAUCCGGUGAAGCUCCUCAAAGCAGACCCUCGAUUCCCAGUUUAUUUGCACGGCAACCCUUACCAGGAACGCAAGGUUGUGUUGAGCAACGAUCUACUCAAGAGCGGGGAAUUGACGCGGGUCACGGUUGUUCGCAGCAAUAAUAUGAUCGCUCAGUUCCUCCGUGAACCCAUUAAACACCAGUAUGUUGGCUGCGGCUAG